GCCGCUUUUCCCAGCAGACCUUAUCACCAUGGCAUCAGUCGCAUUUGAAAAGCAGAGCCUGAGCGUCGAGCCACGAGUGUGUGUGUGUGUGUGUGUGUGUGUAUGUAUGUGUGUGUAUGUGUGUGUUUGAGGACCAUACCGUCUGAGCAAGAUCUUCACAGAAAUCUUAAGAUGAGUCGUGUUCCAGCUUCACGCCUCCCUGCGUCAUCAGUUUUCAUCCUGCUGUGUGUCGUGAGCGUGUUGUUCAGCUCAGGUGUGUCCAUGGCGAUGAAGAUCACCUCCACUGGGCCGCAGACUUUACAGCUGGCGCUAGGAGAUCAGAAAACCCUGUCGUGUACGUACACACCUGGGCCUGAGGAUGUCGGAGACCUGGACAUAGAGUGGACGAUGGUCAGUCCAGACACCACGCAAAAAGACAAAGUGUUCCUAUCCUUCUCUGGUGGGAAUAAAUAUUACCAUGGCGACCCGGCGUUUCUGAAAGGGGUGGACUUUGCGGUGAGUGACCCCUCACUGGGCGACGCCUCACUGUCAAUCGCCGAGCUCACGGCCGCCCACACAGGAACGUACCAGUGUAAAGUGAAGAAAGCUCCGGGUUUGGACAUGCGCAAAAUCACUCUGCUGAUUCUGGAGCGCCCGUCGGUGCCCAAGUGUUGGCUGGAAGGAGACGAGGGCGUCGGGACGUCCGUGUCCCUCCGCUGCAGGUCGGACCAGGGAACUCCACCCAUCCAGUACGUGUGGAGGAGAGAAAGCGGGGGUCCGAUUCCUUCCACCGUUACACAGGAUCCAUUCCUUGGAGAUCUCUUUAUCGCCAAUCACUCCCUGGAAUUGGCAGGUAUUUACACAUGUGAGGUGUCUAACGCUGUGGGGAAAGAGCGCUGUCGAAUCAACCUGCAGGCCACCAAACCUCCAAACAGAGCCGGUGUAAUCGCAGGUGUCGUGUCAGGAUGUCUGCUGCUCAUCUGCAUCAUCAUCAUCAUCCUGUUGCUCCUCUUCUUCCGAUGCAGGUCGCAGCAUCGACGCUACGAGAAAGAGUUCUCCAAUGAGAUCAGGGAGGACGUUCCGGCGCCCGAGAGCCGACCGACGAGUCGCGUUUCCAGUCUUCACUCCAGAGCGGUUUACAGCCAAAUGAACCAAAGCGAACAGCACCAAGUGGAAUCCAGCAGCACAGGAUACACGCUGCCCAAAUACCACAACAAAUACGGCUACAUCGUGUGACACUUACCAGCAUCAGAUUACCCACAAUUCAGUGCUGGAAUACAAUACAGUAAUGUUCUAUACAGUGUGCUAUUUAUAGUGUGCAUUUCUAAGGUGAUGUGAAGAUUUUUAACACUUUAUACAUUUAUAUUUUAGUCAUUUUUGCCAUUUUAAUAAAAUAUUUGUGUGUGUGUGUGUGUGUGUGUGUGUGUGUGUGUGUGUGUGUGUGUGUGUGUGUAGGUAUCAUUAAAGUUGUGUAAAAAUUGCAACCAUCUUCGACUGAAACUUUGUAAUAAAUUUAGAGGAGUUCACAAUGUGAAUAGUUAAAAGAUGUUUGUUAUUAGAUUCAGUUUUUAAAAAAGUUUUGAUUUUAUUUUAAAUGAAGGUUUAUUUAAAAGAGUUACAGCUAAUGGCUUCUACUUAUGAAUCACUGUGAAGUUCAUCUAAUUAUUAUUAAUACAUGUCAUAUUUUAUUCUUAAUAAAAGUAAGAAUAAGUGAUUUUUAUUUGUAUAUGAAAGUAUAUGAAAAUUUAAAAAAAUGGCUGAACCCCAAACGUCUUUCUGUUCCCUAUACACGUGCUAUAAACAUAACGACUCGCACCCUAAGUAGCGCACUACAUGUCUCCGGUAGUGAGUGAUUUAAGAUGUAACCAGUGUCAUGUGUCCACAAAAAGAUAACGGAACGACAGAUCAGUCAGGUCACAUCAAUUCUCAAAAACAUUUAGAUUAGAUAAGCAACCGAAGCUGUUCCCAGUGAACCAGUCACCAUAAUUCAUCCAUCCAUCCAUCCAUUUUCUACCGCUUAUCCGGGGCCGGGUCGCGGGGGCAGCAGUCUAAGCAGGGACGCCCAGACUUCCCUCUCCCCAGACACUUCCUCCAGCUCUUCCCGGGGAAUACCGAGGCGUUCCCAAGCCAGCCGAGAGACAUAGUCCCUCCAGCGUGUCCUAGGUCUUCCCCGGGGCCUCCUCCCGGAUGGACUUGCCCGGAACACCUCCCCAGGGAGGCGUCCAGGAGGUCACCGAUCCACCUGUCGAUCUCCCGCUCCAUCCUUCCCUCACUCGCAGUCACCAUAAUUACACACUGUUAUUACUGUUUAAUUGCAAUAAUAAACAAUAACAAAGUAUUUUAAACAACACAUGUGCAAUAACAGACAUUUUAAAAAGGUGCAAUAUUACCUGUGUGCAAAAUGUCUGUUAGCGUAACUAUUUACUCGUGGUCUCUUUUUUUUCUUCUCUGUAUUUAUACAUUGUGUUGUGUUUAUACUGUAUAUUAUAUUAUGUCUCUAUUCUUUUUAUAUAUUUGCAUUUCUUUCUCUUUGCUGCUGUAACAGAGAAAUUUCCCCAUUGUGUGACGAAUAAAGGUAUAUCUUAUCUUAUUUA